AUGUCAGAAGGACUAGCCAAGUUGCGUUCAAAAAGUAGGGGGCAGAGGGCAUUGAAAGUGACCCUAGUAAGAGGAUAUAACCUGGAGUCACUGUGGCUCUGUCUGUUACAGAACAAGGUGGAAGAGCUCAAUCAACGACUGAGACAAGUUAUUGAUGACAACAGAAAUCUUCCCUACGGUCGGCCAGCAGUGAUGUUCCGCACCAAGUACUACAUCCUUCAUCAUAGUGACUACAUUAGUGGCUACAGUGAAGCUUUGUCCAUGCCUCUCUGGACAUCUUAUACUGUAUCUAAACAGGUAGAUUUCACCCCUCUGACUGAGGCUCUGAGUAACUGUGUUCGGCUUGAUAUUAGAGUUCCUUCAGCCUACAGUCAGUCCUGCUCAAACUACCAUGCAGACAAACAGAUCUCCUACAGCUUCCUCUAUCCACCUCAGUUGUCCUCCUCUCAGGAAGUGAGAUAUGAUGCCGUUCUCAUUACCAACACUGUACCAAUGUACCCAGCAUUGAAACGUGUGUGGGGUUAUUUUCAGAAAUCACUUGUGAGACGUUAUGCUAUAGAGAGAAAUGGAGUGAAUGUGGUCGUUGGACCCAUCUUCGACUAUGACUACAAUGGUCUUAGAGAUUCAGCAGAGACAAUAAAACAGUAUGUCAGAGGCUCGGUGCAAAUCCCAAGUCAUUACUACAUUGUGGUUACUAGUUGUCUGGAUUACACACAGACUGUUGACUCCUGUGCUGGUCCUCUCAGUGUGUUCUCUUACAUCCUUCCACACCGAUCAGAUAAUGAAGAAAGCUGUAAUAGUUCAGAGGAUGAGACAAAGUGGGUCGAGGAACUGAUGAAGACACACACAGCACGUAUACGAGACGUGGAGUUACUUACAGGACUGGACUUUUAUCGCCGCACCAGCAGGUCCUAUGAGGAGAUUCUCUCUUUAAAAACUUACUUACACACAUAUGAGAGUGAGAUCUAAACCACUGCAUCCCAGCAUUAGCAUUCCCUACAUCUUAACUGUCUGGAUGCAGAAGUAAGGUGUAUAUUUUUAUACAAACUAUCAUAUUUAUUGUUCUUUUAUUGCUAAUCCUAAUGCUAUUUUUUUACAUUCUCCUCCUUUAUGACAGUGACAUAUAUGCAUGAGCAAUUUUUUUAAUGAAUUUUGUAAUAAUACUUAGUAAAAGUUUUGACCUGUGAUGUUUGAUAUGCUGAAUG